CUGAAAGACUCGCCUGCAAAAUCGAAACUUUGAGAAAACAGAACAAGAGAGGAGCCAUGGAGAUGCAAGAGAUUCCCAAAGAGAAGGAAAAAAGCAAAGAAGAUGAUAAAGGAGCAGGUGAACCGAUGCUGGAAGUCGAAAUCAAAGAGGAAGCAGAACCAGACCCCUAUGCUAAACUGCAGGCUCCAUCUGAGAAUAUCUAUUCAGAAGCUUUAUCUAGUGGUGCUCCGGAAAAAACAACACCAGACAAAGAACAGACUGAAGGAAAUGCACGUCUGUACCGUGCCGCGUGUUUAUUCCUCACAUUAAUCUGCAUCGUCCUUCUGGUGGUUGUCAUUAUCCUCGGCCUGAAACUGCAAACAGGAUCAACAGCCUGCCCAGUGACAGAGGAAACUAUACCAGCAGACCAGAGAGGUUGUGCAUUGGCUCCAGCAUGCACCUUCGAGCGCUGCCAGGCUCGCUUCCCAGCCAUUCACAUUAAACACAUUGGCUGCAAGCAGUGUGCUGAAGGGUGGCUGACCUUUGGCCGAUCUUGUUUUUUCCUGUCGACUUUUAGACUGAGGUGGUCCGAGAGCCAGCAGAACUGCACCUCCAGAGGGGGCUCUCUGGCUGUUAUUACCAGCAAAGAUGUUCAGGAUUUUCUGACAAAGAAAGGGAAUCUCCAAUACUGGAUUGGCACCAGUCAAAAAGGCACUGAAUGGACCUGGGUUGACAACACUGAGCUGCAAGAGAGCUACUGGGCAGAAAAUCCAUGGAAUGGGAACUGCGGGAUCCUCGACAGCACAGCCCCAGCAGACAAAAACUGGUUCAGAGCUCCCUGCCACUCCGCCACUUACUUCAUCUGUCAGCUGCAGUUCUGAUGGCGUCUUUCUACAAGAACAAUCUGUUCUGUCAACAAGCAUCAAAUUCUCCAAUAAAACGUCUAAUCAUGUAUGUUUCUAUUAUCCAGAAAAGAAAUACAAACAAGCCUCUUAGCUAACAGUUGCUAAUAGUUUAACACUUGAAGAGUUGUUUAAUUACUCUAGGUUGUCAUAAGUCAUAUUUGCUUGCAGCGUUGUGUGGAAUAAUUUCUGUUCUAAUAUUUGAUACAUUAUUAAUGGUGCUUUUAAGCUCGAAUCAGAUCUCACUCUUUUGCACUGUAUGACUUUAUUUUCUGCUGUCUGACUAUUUUACAAAUAAAGGCCAGUAAAACUUU